AAUCGUUAUCGCAUGCGCAAUUCCCAGUGCUACGUCGCUACGCCGCAUACAGUCGCAUCUGAAUACCGUCUAUCCCUCCGUCUUUUCACUCAAAUCUCAUAUAUUUCAAGAUGAGCGGUAUACCUGGAGCCGGAGCCGGCGCCCCUGCAGGGCAGAGCCAAUAUGACCCGAACGAUCCCAAUGUCAAAAGGUUGAACGCGAUGAUGGAGUCCUGCUUUGGCAAAGCCGCAGUCUCGGGUGUGAUGGGGUUUGGUAUGGGUGGUCUCUUUGGAAUGUUCAUGGCAUCUAUGUCCUACGACACACCCUUCCACACCCCCGGCGCCCCAGGCUCCUCGCCGACCCCGAUAACCUCACUCCCGCUCCGCCAGCAGCUGAAAGUCGGCUUUAAGGACAUGGGAUCGAGGUCGUACAGCACAGCCAAGAACUUCGGGCUCGUCGGCCUGAUGUUCGCAGGUAUCGAAUGUGGCAUCGAGGGAUACCGCGCCAAGAACGAUUUGUUCAACGGGACGGCUGCCGGUUGUCUGACGGGCGGCAUCCUAGCGAGGAGCGGCGGCCCGACUGCAGUUGCGGGAGGAUGUGCGGCGUUCGCAGCGUUUAGUGCAGCAAUCGAUAGCUGGUUGCGGCAGCCAAAAGACGACGAGUAAGGGGUAGUACGGGAACACGGAUCCAGAACAUAAGAGCGCGGGUGUACGAUUACGAACAUGGUCCUUUCGGCAAGGAAAGGACCUAAAAUGAUGUUGGGUCACGGAUUGCAUAGCACGACGGCGUUACGGUUGCGCGGAUCUGUAGAAGGGGGCAAAUUCUCCACUUAGGAUCUUGAGCUUUGAACUGGAAACUGGGCAUCAUGAGAGAUUUCACAAAUGCUACUACUAAAAUACGAGCCAAAAGCCAGUUACGAUAAAGUAAUGUAAAUAUUCAGCUAGUACUACCUAAUUGCCUGUGCCAUCCUUAUUAUGACUAAUGGUAAGUGGGGACAAAAACAAGUUUGCCGUCCGGGUGGACUCUCUAUAUUAUAGUGUUUACGAAAGGGGUAAUCUACCA